AUGCGGCUCCUCAACGUGGACAAGUUCCUCAACGGAGAGGCCCUCCCUUUCGAAGUGUUCUGGGGGGGUAACCAACCCGACUACGCAAUUCUGUCACACACAUGGUUGGAGAAGGAGGCGGAGGAGCUGAGGUAUCAAGAUAUCGAAAACAGAACGAGGAAGGGGACAAAAGGGUACCGCAAAAUUAGAGACUGCUGCAGGAAAGCUAAGCAACAUGGCCAUGGAUACGUCUGGGCAGACACCUGUUGUAUUGAUAAGGGAAACAACGUUGAGCUCUCAGAAGCCAUCAGUUCCAUGUUCAGCUGGUAUAAGGGGGCAAAAAUCUGCUAUGCAUAUCUCGCUGACUACGAUGUGGUAAAAAAGUUCAAAGAAAGCAAAUGGUUCAAGAGAGGAUGGACCCUCCAGGAGCUGAUAGCGCCUAAAGCUUUAGUGUUUUAUAGUCACGAUUGGAAAUAUAUUCUCAGCAAAAGCGACAGAGACAUGUGUGGCUUGAUUUCCGAGAUUACUGGCAUAAGUACGGAAGUCUUGGCGGGCGAGCAGGAUGCUCUGAAAAACAGUAGUGUUGCACAGAGAAUGCCCUGGGCCUCGGGGCGGAAGACGACUCGACCCGAAGAUAUUGCCUAUUGUCUUCUCGGGAUAUUUGGUGUCCGCAUGUCUUUAUUCUACAGCGAGGGUGGCAAAGAAGCGUUUAUACGGUUGCAGAAAACUAUUAUGAAACAAUCCGACGAUCAUUCGCUGUUUGCAUGGAGUCAA